AUGGUAAACCAAAAAAAUGGAAUUUUAUCAAAGUUAACAGGUUUAACAUAUAACCUUUUUAAGCUUAAUAUUGAAGACAUAAAUGAAGAAGUUGAUGAAAAUAUAAACCCCUUGGAAAAGGCAAUAUUAUAUGGGAAUAGCGGUGUAAAAUGUCGAAAAAUAUUAUUUUUAAAAGAUAUAAUGAAAUUAUUAAACCAAAUAAAUUAUGAGAAUUUUUUAAAAUAUAUCUAUCCAUUAGUUGUUAAAUUAAGUAAUGAUGAUAUAGAAAUACAAUAUGAAGUAUGUAAUCGUAUUGGAGAUUUAUGUGCAUAUUUAAUACAAAAUAAUAAUCAUAAUGAUGGAUGUACUGAUAUAAUGAAAUUAUUAUUUCCUAUUGUUGAGAGAUUUAUAAAAAAUAAUGAAAAUAAGAAUAUUAUAGAAACUAUAAUGAAAUCAUUACUUAUAUUGUCUACACAUAUAAAUUGGAAAUAUCGGCAGAAAUUUAUUUUGCCUUUUAUAUUAUCUUUAAUUUCUAAUGAGAAAUAUAAAUAUAUUGGUUUUAUAUUAUUAAUAAAACUGUGUUAUAUAUUUGAAAGAAAUAUAUUUUGUUCUUUUUUAAUACCAUCCAUAAAAUUAUUGUUAAAGAAAAAAGAUGAUUUAGAAAAUAAAAUAUAUAUUUCUUGUUAUCUAUAUAAUAUAUGUAAAAUGUUAAAAGAGGAAGAUGAUUUAUUUCAUAUUUUUCUUCUCUUAAAAAAUUUAUGUAAUCAUCAAAGUGAUACUAUAAAAAUAAUUAAUAUAUUUAAUUGUACUCAUAUAUCCUUGUUAUAUUCAAAAAAUAUCUUUUUCUAUUUUUUUGUACCUUUAUAUAAUCAUUUCUUAAAGAAUGAAAAUAUAUAUGUUUUUUAUUAUUCUCUAAUUAAUUUAUUCUAUUUUAUUUGUAUCUUUGAAGAUAUCAAUUUAAUACACCCUUAUUAUAUUCAUAAAAUGAUAUUCUUUUUUAAUAAUAUGUUUUCUUCUCAUACAUUUACCUUAAAUUAUCUUAACGAAACAGCCAAAAAAAAAAGUAAUUAUUUCUUUCUCAAUAAUAAUAACGUAAAUGAACAAAAUGGAUUUAAUCAUAUAACUCAUAAGUAUCAAGUAAGUGCCUUACAUAACAGCAAUAAUAUGAAUAAUAAUCUGAAUAACAAAUUAAGUGAAAUAAAAGAAAAUGAUAUCAUAUAUAAUUCUAUAUAUGAACAGGAUAAACAAAAUGAGGAACCAUGUUUAAUAAUUGAUGAAAUUGAAGAUAUGGAUAAUGCUAUGAAAAUAAAAGGAAUCUCUGACAAUUUGUAUGAUAUAGAUGUUUCAUAUUCCAAACCAGAAGCAAUAAUACAAGAUUCAUUAAAUGAGUGUGAAAAAUUAAUAAAAACAGAAAACAACGUAGCUGAAUGUUUAUCUGUAAAUAGCGAGAAGGAAAAUAAAAAUCAAAACUUUUAUAUUAUGCACGAACCAUAUAAAUGUGCACAAAUAUAUGAACCGAAUGGAGAUAUAUCCGAACAUAAUGUGGAUAUUCAAAAAAAUAAUGUAAGAAUUUUUGAGAAUAAUGAAAUACUGAAUGGUAAUAAUUAUCAAAUGUGUGAAAUGAAAGAAAAAGCACACACAUAUAGUAAUCAGAAUAAUCAGAAGGGUGAAGAUUUAAAUGAAAAAUUAUGUAACGAGCUAUAUAUAGAAAAUCAUAAAAAGGAUUCUUAUAAUAUUAAAAAUAAUAUGAAUAUGAUUACUCAUUUAAAUAACAUAAAUAAAGAAACAGAGAUAAACGGACAAAUAUUUAAUAAUGAAUUAAAAGAUAUAUGUAAUAAAGAAGAAAGUGAGAAGGAUAAAUUAAAAUAUAAUGAUGAAUAUGUAGAAGGAACUCUUAAAGAAAACUAUGCAAAUGAAAUAAUAAAUCAUACAUUUAUUACAAAUAGUUUUAAAAAUGAUAAUGAGAAUAAUCCUUUAUAUAUAGAAGAUAAGAGUAAUAUUAUUUAUAUGAAUAAAUUAAAUAAAUCCAAAAGAGAUAAUAAUAUAAAUAAGGAUGAAAAUUUACAUAUGGAACAUAAAAGUAUUCCAUAUAUAGUAAAUGAAAAUAUAUCAAAUGAUGUUCUUUUAAAGAAUGAUUGCCAAUUUUUAAAUGAUACUUAUAGCAUAAUACCUUCCAUUUUUUAUAAUAAUAAUUUAUUUAAUGAUCUUAUAAUAAAUAAUAGCCAUUUUAGUAUAAGCAUAAAACAAUUUUUUGAAAUGUAUUCUAAUAAUUAUAAGUUUAAACAUGUUGUUAUAGAAAAUAAGGAAAAUAUUGAUUCUAUAGAUUCUAAUGGUCCAUUUGAUGAUGAUAAUAAUACGAUAAAAAACAUUCAAAAUAUGAAUAAUAUGCAUGAUAGAAAUAAUUCAGAUUAUGAUUACAAUACAUUUUAUAUCCACAUGAAUGAUAAAGUUUUACAAGAUAUAGAUAAUACAUUUAUAAAUGAUAGAAAUAUAGAUAUUGAUAUAAUCAAAAAUUGUUAUUAUAAUGAAGUCGAAUUAAUUAAGAAGAAUGUGGCAUAUGGUAAAAUGUUUGUUAAGAGAAAAAAUGAGGAUAAUAAAAAUAAAAAUAAAAACUUGAGCAGUGAUAAUAUAAAUUAUAAUAAUGAUGAGACGGAAGAUAUAUAUAAUGUAGAAAAAAUUGAUAUUGAUUCGAUAAAACAGAAAUUUCUAUUUGAUAGUACAAAUAAUGUAAUUGUAUCACAUAAUAUAAAUGCAGUAUAUAUAACAGCACUUCAUUUACCUUUAUUAAUAUUAGUGUUUAAAGAAUAUUUCUUUCGUUUCUUUUCUCAUAUAUUUUAUUUUAUAUGUACAUAUCCAUAUUAUAUUAUAAGGAAGACCAUGGCAUAUAAUUUUUACGACAUUUUAAAGAACUUUUUCCAUUCUGAAUUUUUACAAAUUGACAUGGACAAAUUCAAGAAAAGGGGAAAUGAAAAGAGAUUUAAUAAAAUAUUACAAAAGAGAAAUAAUAUGUUAUAUAAAGAAAAGGUGGGAAAAAAUAUAUUAUCAGAAGAAUGUGUGAAGGAUACAAUGAAUAGUAAUAAUAAUAAAGGUAGGAGUGGUACGAAGAAGGGAUCACUAGAUAUACAAAUAAAUACAAUGUUUAAUAAUGAUUAUGCGACUUAUUAUAAUAUGAGAAGAAUACAAAAUAUGGUGAUAGCUGAUGAGAAAUUAGAAAAGGACAAUGAUGAUAAUAAUAUGGAAAAAUCUGACAAAGACGAAAAAGAAAAUAAUAUUACGGAAGGUGAUUUAUUUAAAGAAAAUAUCAAAAUAGAAGAUAAUAUAUAUAGCGAACAUGUAUUAAUAGAUAAUGAAAAAAGAUAUGAGAAUGAAAAAAAUCUAGAGGAUAAUAUAUAUCAAUGGAGUGAAAAAAAUGUAGAGGAUAAAAUAUCUCAAUCGAGUGAACAAAAUGUAGAGGAUAAUAUAUAUCAAUGGAAUGAAAAAAAUGUAGAGGAUAAAAUAUCUCAAUCGAGUGAAAAUUAUAUUACUGAUUCAAAUAAUUAUGAGAAACAUAUUAGAAAGCUUCAAAAUCAUAUAAAUGUCAAUUUAUAUGAAAGUGAUUUUUUUGUGAAUGAAGAAAAUGAGAAUUUUUUUUUUUAUAAACAAUUUCUUAUGAAAUAUGAGAAUAUGUAUAAACGUCAUAUACAAACAUUUAAAAAAUAUUAUAAAGAACAUGAUUCUCCAUGUUUUUUUUUUCAUUUUUUUAUAUAUUAUUUUUUGAAUGAUACGAAUGUUUUGGUUAAAAAGGCUAUAUUAAAAAAUUAUGACAAAAUCAUAACUUUUUUUCCUUAUCAUAUAAAGCUAAUACUUAUAUCAUAUUUGUACAAUGUUAUAGAUUAUAAGAUAUUAAAUUAUUCAUUGAGAAAACGAGUGUCCAAAAUUGUUUUUAAAAUUUUGAAAAAUGUGAAUGAUGCGAAGAUAAUAAGAGAAUAUAUAUUUCCUAUAUAUUUGAAGUUGUGUAAAGAUGAUGUGGCUACCAUUAGAACAUACACCGCUAGUUAUUUUUAUAUCAUUUUACAGAAAGGAUGCCCAAAUCUUUACAAAUUUUUUAAGGGUAAAGGAAAAAUAUUAGACAUAGAAGAAUACGAGAAAGAUAUAUUUGUAUCGAAUGAGGAUGGUUUUAAAUUAAAAUGUGAAGAUUUUACUCGUGGGCAGGAAGUUCUGUUAAUAAGAAAAAUUAUUAAUAUAUUUGCCAUGAGCAAAUAUUAUUAUGACAGGCAAAUUUUUAUAAACAUUUGUGACGGAAUAAUUAGUGAAUGCCCUAUCAACUUAUUUUUGUUAUACUUUUUGAACCCAUUUAUUAAUUUAUCUGAUGAUAAAAUUCAAGUAGUGAGAAUAACGUGGGAAAUGUGCGUUUACAGUCAGCUGAAAAAGAAAGGAGACUUUUCAAAUAUAGCAAAUGUAUAUAAUAAAUUGGAAGAGAUGUAUUUGAAAUAUGGUAAAACGACUAUAAGCAAAAUUAAUCCUAUAAAAUAUAAUAACCCAGAUAGCACAUUUAUUGUAUCUUUUGAUCUCCAUCAUAUUAGUAAUUAA